AUGUCGUAUAUGUUGCCUGCGCAUGAUAAUGAUGAAGAUAAUGAAGAAGACGAUGAUGAGGAUGAGAGAGAGGAGGGAGACGAGGAAGACGAAGAAGAAACCAUCGAUUCUGAAAGCCCGGAUUUGUGGGUUUUGGACGAUGGGAUGUUUGGCGGACUCCUGUCCAAAUGCUUCCAAACGCCGGGAGAGGGCAUUGCCUUUGCUUACUACUUUAAGUACUUGUCUGGUCUGAUUCCUGCAUACGACGGGAUCCAGAAUCCGUACCGUAAACUCUCAACUGUUGCCCUCGAAUACCCUGUACUACUUAAUACCAUCAUUUCACUUGCCACGGAAUAUAUGCACUGGCACGGGCAUAUUCCUGCAGAACUCGCCCUUACACGGCACGACCGUGCAUUGGCAUCUAUUCGCGAAGCCCUCAACGUCUCGUUCACAGGAACCGCUUCCAGCGCGCCUGUCGUGCCCGGCAAUGACCGCCUAACCUACAAACAGGCCACCUUGGCCGCGGUUCUUCUUCAGAUAACGCGUGUCAUCUUCAGCGGCGGGAACGAGGUCGACAUGCACCUCAAGUGUGCCCUGUACAUACUACAAGAGCUUGACUACAUCCAUCGACCGACCACGAGCUUCAUUGCCCGACUCCUCAUGCAGCGAUUCGCCAUCGUUGACGUCGUAACUUCGAUUCUCCGCCGCCGUCGCCCUCAUCUUCCUCCGACAUCUUGGAUUUUCAAGCCACAAGAAACACUCGACUCGACGGAGCCUUCGUUCAGAGAGAUGACAGGUUGUCCGCAGCCGAUCUUCGGAUAUUUGGCACGGGCCUGCAACCUGGCCGUCGAUGUAGCUGAGGAUGUCAACAACAUGGAAGUCCUCGAGCAAGCAUUCAGACUCGAGAGGGACCUCCAUGCCUACGCGCUUGCGCAGGACGCAACUCCCACCACGGUCGAGGGCAAGCGGGGCAGUGGCAGUACGGCUGACGCAAGCCUGACCACGCUCAACGAGUGUUACCGUUGGUGUGUUCAUCUCUUGAUCCAACGCCGCGUUUACCUAGAACCGACCUUCUCGCGUCGCGUCCAGCAGACUGCCCGCACCCUCUUCCGGCUGAUGGCCUCCAUACCUGUGGGAUCCGGCCCAGACUCAUCACUACCCCUCCUCCUCAAUCUCGUGGCUCGUGAAGCCGUCAGGGAGGAGGAUCGUGCGUGGGUCAGAGAAAGGAAUCAGCAGAUGGAAGGCGUUUAUCCCGACAGUACACGCGAUGGCUUCAUAGCAAUGUGUGAAAAGAUGUGGCGCAGGGUUGACGAGUGCAUGGAGGUUGGCGGCGUCAUGUUGAAGCGGACAGAGGAGGCUCUGGAACUGUUGGAACAGGAAGCAGCGCUUUUCAUGUUUUAA